UCAUGUAACGAUCCGUCGAGAGUGUUAUUCUUGCUAUACACGUGACGACAUUUCGCUGGAUUAUUUUGUUCAGUAUCCGAUCGAGGGGAACGAGCCUUCCUCGAGUGGGGACGUGACUUUGAACGUCAAACGACAAAAAGAUGCGUGGCUGGAAUGGCAGAAAAGUUGUGCGAGGCUGCCGCACGUGGCGACGUCGCGCGAGUCGCGCGUCUCCUUGACGAAGAUAUUAAACCGUUGCCGGAUGAGAAUGGCCGUACUCCUCUUCUGCUGGCAGCAGCAGGCGGUCAUGUGAACGUCUGCGAGGCGUUGCUUCAGCGAGAGAUCGAUGUGAAUGCUGCCGACAAUACUGGUGUCACACCGGUGCAAAAAGCUGCUUCGGAAGGUCACUUGGAAGUAGUUGAACUGUUAUUGAAGCACAAUGCAAACGUCGCACGCCAGGACACAGUGCAUGGAAAUUCAGCACUCCACGAAGCAUCCUGGCGCGGAUACAGCCGGACCGUGGCCGCCCUGGCGAAGGCCCUCGGGACACAGCGUGCCCCUCUGCACGCGAGGAAUCUCGCCGGAUUCGCGCCGCUUCACCUCGCCUGCCAAAACGGGCACAACCAAAGCUGCCGCGAACUCCUCCUGGCGGGGUGCAAUCCUGACCUUCAAAACAACUAUGGAGACACACCCCUUCACACGUCCGCGCGAUACGGCCACGCCGGUGUCACGCGUAUUCUAAUCUCCGCGCUCUGCCGAGUCUCGGAUCAAAAUAAAAACGGCGACACAGCAUUGCAUAUCGCGGCGGCGAUGGGCCGUCGAAAGCUGACGAGGAUCCUGCUGGAGGCCGGCUGCGAUCGUACCUUACGGAACAAGCAAGGGGAAACGGCGAAGGACAUAGCCCGGCGCAAGAACCUGACAGAGAUACUGGAGAUAAUUGGUAAAGCGCGAAGCAAGAGCAGAACGCGCAGCAAAAGCCGAGAGGAGGAGACCGUGGCGGCGUCGGUGGCAGCGGACAAGGUCGACGGGAAGAGCAACAAGAGCGAGAAGAAGCGGGAGAAGACUGGUAGUGGUACCAGCGGUAGCAGAGACAGUUGCACGAAGAAGGAGAAAAAGAAGCACAAAUCGUCCGGCAAACAGAACAAGGUCCAUUUCGAGAAGGCCGUGAUGGGUAGGCAGUGGUCGCCGUACGGCUGCCACUACUACCCCGAUCCGGAAGCGUUUCCCCAACCGCGUUUGGACUCCCUACCACCGGAUCCGUUGGGACGCGGCGAACAGUACUACCUGGACCUCGCUGGCAAUAUCAGGAAGGGCCCAGUGGGAGUGGGCUACACCUGCUACUGCGCGCCAUUCUUCAGACACAUGGAGGCCAAGCUGGAACGGGACAAAGCGGAAUUGAAGGCGCACAUCGAUCAGGCGCACGAGAGACUCGACCUGAAGGUGGCCAAUCUGGAGAGGAGGACCAGGGGGCAGAUCUCGGAGUUGACCAGAUGCGUGGCGGCGGAAAGGUCCAGGUGCGACGAGAGACACACGCAUCUCCAGCAGCGUUUAUCUCGCGGUGGAAGAGGCAGGCACAGCGAGAGGCCGGCGAAAGCGUCGUUCCCCAACGAUCAGUCCCUUCCACCGGCUCGGGCCAGGUCACUGGAGGAUUUGUUGGACGACAGACCCCACGAUAGAAGUUUCGAGAUUCCAGGAGAGACACCGAUACAUCGCGGUAGCUUGGACGAUCUUGAUAUACCGGCCAUACCUAGGCUUAGCAAAUCCAUGAGAGAUCUGCCGACGGGUUCCGGUAUCUCGAGGUCAACAUUGAGGGUGCUCGAUGCACCGGCCAGGCUGAACGAGACGUUCGACGGGGUGAUCAAGCAGGAUCGCAGCUCGCCGCUUGGGGCCGCCUCCUCGCCGUCGAUCGGAUCCAGGCAACAGGUCCAUCAGCAGCGCGAUCUAUCGAGCCGAGAUCACGGAAUUAACUCCUGUCAAGAGGAAAGCAGUGCAACGCGGAAGAGCGACGACAACUUGAACGAAUGGAGGUCUUCCGGGCGACGUAGCGUUCAUGAGAUGAUCAAGCGAUUUCAACAAGUACCUGGCAUGCAUAAUGGCUGGCGAGGUGCUCGUUCUGGAAGCAGCGAGCCGACGAGUCCCGAGCACAGCCAGUGCUCUCAAAAUCAAAGGGUUCAACCCCAGGGUGGCGUAGGAAACGGUUGGCACGGUGAAGGUAAUGAUAGUGAGAGCAGCGAGGGAGACGAGGACGAGCAACCGGAAGCACUUAGCGGGGGAAUAACUGGAAAAGGAGUGAUAUCGGAGCACGUGCAUUACGACAGCAUAGCCAGAAUGCCAUAUAGGUCCCGUAAUGCGGUUUAUAGCCCUACACCGCCUUUGCAUGAUGCUCACAAUGAUUCAGGGUACAGCACCCGCAUGUACGGUUCCAGCAAAGGUGCUUCACCUUCCUUAUCAGGGCAAUUAGAAUGUGACGUCAUCCUUCCGACCGCAACGAACAAAUUUCCUAGCGGAGAACAACUUGCAGCAUUACUGGAACAACCCAGGAACCACGAUCUCACGGUCUAUGAACGCAGUGCCGACAAUGUUGUUAUUAACAUUGGAACCGCGAGCCUCGUUUAAUACGUUCAAAAGUUUAUUCGAAUAUCAUUAUUUUCAUAUUUCCAAAGACGUAUUGACUUUACAUAAUUUUAUUAUACCUACUCAGGUGUUCAUGUAAUGACAAAAAUAUUGUGUAUAAAUGAUCUUCUUUAUUCCGUUAGGCCAUGAUGUACAAAAUGAUUUUUAAUUGAAUGAUUACUGCGUUAUUAUGAUGUAAAUAAUAUAUAGUCGAUCUUUAAGCUAUAAGAAACUAUAACAAAUUAAAUGUCAAUAUUAAAAUUUUCUCCAAUUUUGUAUUGAUUAUGUAUUUAUUCGAAAGAAAAAUGUUCUUGAUAAUUCUAAGGGUCCAAAAUGAAUUCUAUAAGUAUGACGAAAAUAUCAAAAUACCUUUUGUAGAACUUGACUAGAUAAAAAUGAGAACUUAGUUAGAUCAUUCUCUUUUUUGUUAUUAUAAUGUAUAUUUUCUUUUUUUCGAAUAUUAUUAGUGUAGCUUUCACAAUAAAGAGAGUGUUAUAUAUCUACAUAUAGGUUGCCAUGUAUCACGAAAUUAGAUUAAGUUACAUCUAUUUAUUGUAUACAUGUGUAAUACUAUGUACAUGCUUGUUUUAUUUACAAUAUUAUCACGUUAGUAGGAAAUAUGAUAAUUUAGUUUCGCGCGAUUAAGUAGAUAUUUGUUUCUUCUAUUUGAAAACUGAAUGUAUUCUGCAGUGAUAAAUACGAUUAAAUAAUUGGAAAGUUUGGAAGCUACUGUUACAUUUUGUUUAUAAUACAUCAGACGAUGAAUAUUCCGUUAUUGAGGAGUGAUAUACAGGUGUUCCUGUUAAAGUAUGCGAAUUAGCUUUUUGAAUUUGUACAACAACAUAAUCACCACUCUUUAUAGGCCUUUUAAUAUUAGAGUAUUUUUCAGUAGGUAUGUUUAUACACGGAAUCAGUACUCGUACAUUGCCGUCAUUUCUACCUUGGAAAUACUCAUCUGAUUUCUUGCUAACCUAAAACAAAAUUUAACAUUAUUUUCGAAUUUUAUUUAAUACUGUCUUCAUUAUUACCCCUUCUACAAGUACAAGUUGCAAUUGACCAAUCUGAGACUUAUUUAAUUCCUCUGUUAUAGAUUUAUAAAUUGAAUUCAUUCUUUGAAGACGUUCAUUUUUAACAGUUGUUUCGACAUCAUCUUUAUAGCGUCGGUGAGCUGUAGUUUUCUAAAAGUAUUAAGAUCUUUUGUAAUAAUAAAUAUUAAUAUCAUACAAUGAUUAACAGUAUCCUUAUAACUAUGAAUUACCUCUCGCAUGCUGUAUGCAAAUAAGAAUGCUCUGUUAUAUCUGACUAAUUGUAUCAAUGACAAUGUAUCUUGAAACUGUUCCUCAGUUUCACCACAAAA